AUGGGUCGAGGGGGCGGACGCGGCGGCUUCGGCGGUCGCGGUCGCGGCGACGGGCCCUCCGCGUUCCGCGGCGGCCGUGGCGGCCGCGGCGGCUUCGGCGGCGACCGCUCCUUCGGCAACGACGGCGGCGGCGGCCGCGGCGGAGCGGACUCGAGGGCCAAGAACUUUGGCGCAAACGCGCCCAAGGGGGGCCGAGGCGCCGCCGCUUGGAGGAACAAGCGAGGCGGCGGCGGCAGGCCCAGGCCGUCUUUCUCCGACGCCUCCGGAUCCGAUCAGAUGGCGCGCAGGCGCAGCGGCAAGGCGGCGCGCGCCGCGAAGCGCCGCGAGACCGCCGAGGCUAACAAGGCCGUCGCCGUCGAGAUCCUCGAGAUCCCCCCCGCCGGGAUGGACAUGGAUCAGCUGUGCGAGGACCUGGCGACGACGCAGGCGGAGGUGAUCAAGGUGCUCUUCAUGAAGGGCAUCGCCGUGCAGAUGGGCCAGGUGCUGGACAAGGAGACGGUCAUCGCCGUCGCCGAGGCGCAGGGCGUCGAGUGGAUCGACGAGCAGGAGCGGGGCGUCGCGGACGCGGCUCGCAAAAUAACGUCCUUCUACGAGGACGAGGACGACGACGACCUCGAGGACAGGCCGCCGGUGGUCACCAUCAUGGGCCACGUCGACCACGGCAAGACGUCGCUUCUCGACUACAUCCGCAAGUCCAAGGUGGCCGCGGGCGAGGCUGGCGGGAUCACGCAGGCCAUCGGCGCGUACCAGGUGAGCACCUACGUCAACGACGAGGAGCGCAACAUCACCUUUCUGGACACCCCGGGGCACGAGGCGUUCUCCGCGAUGCGCGCCCGAGGCGCCCGCGUCACCGACAUCGCCAUCGUCGUCGUCGCCGCGGACGACGGCGUCAGGCCGCAGACCAAGGAGGCCGUCUCGCACGCGCGCGCGGCGGGUGUGCCGCUCAUCAUCGCCGUCAACAAGAUGGACAAGGAGGCGGCGAAUCCCGACAGGGUUCGAGACGAACUCGCCGCGCUCGAGGUCGUGUGCGAGGAAUGGGGCGGCGACGUUCCUUUCAUCCCGGUGUCCGCCAAGACGGGCAUGGGCAUCGAGUCCCUCCUCGAGACCGUCGCGCUGACCGCGGAGGUGGAGGAGCUCGUCGCGAACCCGGCGUCCAACGCCAGGGGCACCGUGGUGGAGGCGUACCUGGACAAGCAGAGGGGCGCCAUGGCCACGCUGCUGGUCCAGAACGGUACCCUGCGCAUGGGCGACGCGGUGCUCGUGGGCUCCAACUGGGGCAAGGUUCGCGCCAUCCAGGACGCCUACGGGAACAAGCUGGAGGAGGCUGGGCCGUCCACGCCCGUGCAGAUCAUGGGCCUCGGCGGCGUGCCGAUGGCGGGUGAGGAGUUUGACGUCAUGGACAGCGAAACCGAGGCGAAGGACAUCGCCGCCGAGCGAGCGUCCAAGGAACGCAUCAACACCAUCGAGGGCAACACCGUCUCGCUGUCGAACCUCGCCGCCGCUAAGGACGACGAAGACGGCGUGCAGACCAUCAACCUCAUCGUCAAGACGGACGUCUCCGGCUCGGUGGAGGCGGUCAAAGCGGCGCUCGGAGCGCUCCCGCAGGACAGGGUGCUCCUCCGAUUUUUGCACACCGCCGCGGGGGAGGUGACGGAGAGCGACAUCGAUCUCGCCGCCGCGUCCGAGGGCAUCAUCCUCGCGUUCAACACCACCGUCAGCGAGAAGGUGAACGACCGCGCCAAGGGCGCGCGGGUCGAGGUGCGAUCCUACGACGUCAUCUACGGCCUCGUGGACGAGGUCAGGGCCGCGAUGGAGGGCAAGCUCUCCGGCGUUAAGGACGAGGUGUUUGUCGGCAAGGCUGAGUGCAAGGCGGUCUUCGGCGGCGGCAACGCCAAGGUGGCGGGCUCGCUCGUGCUCGAGGGACAGCUCACGAUGGGCGCGAACCUCCGCGUGACGCGCAAGAACAAGGAGAUGUACCUCGGCAAGGUUGGCUCGCUUCGCAGGAUCAAGGACAAGGUGAAGAAGGUGGAAGCCGGGCUGGAGUGCGGAGUCGGCGCCGAACCCGAGUGGGGCGACUGGAAACCCGGCGACAUCAUCGAGUGCUUCGACCUCGUCGACAGGGUCCAGACGCUCGAGAGCGCAUCCGACGAUCUCUCGAAGAAGGUUGACGAGAUCAAGGCGGCGGAGGAGAAGGCCAAGGCUGCCGCCGCCGCCGCCACCGCCGCCGCGGCCAAGGACAAGGUUGAAGACGAGGAGGACGGGGACUCCAGCCUCGGCGGCCAAGGCGGCGGCAGCAGAAGCAAGGGGAAGAGUAGGAGCAGGCAGAAGGCCGGCACUCGUCGCUAA